AUGUGGCGAGACCGCACGAACCUAUACAUCUCCUACCGGCAGUCUUACGCGCAUCACCCUACACAGCGAAGACCCUAUGGACCGGGCGCCCUUGCUUCUGGUCCCCUUGCCGACGCCUAUACCAGCAGCUAUGCGAACGACGAUCGUCGCGGCCUUCUGUCGGCCGGCGCGUUUGAAGACGAUGGCGAUGCCGUGAUUGAGAUGGAUUUAUUGCCCCCUCGAUGGGCUGACAUUUCGGAUGAGAUCACAGACUUGCUUGCCAAAAUCGCGACAAAGGGCCAGAGCUUGGAGAAGCUACACCAAAAGCAUGUGCUACCUGGUUUCAAUGAUGAAGACGCUAAAAGGGCCGAGGAAGCGCAAAUAGAGAAUCUUACACAAGAGAUCACCAAGGGCUUUCAUGACUGCCAUCGCUGCAUUCAAAGAAUCGAACAAAUGGUACGGGAAUCACAGCACGCAGGUACCAUCACAAAGGCAGAGGAGACCAUGGCCAAGAACAUUCAAAUUUCGCUGGCUGCACGAGUUCAAGAUGCAAGCGCUAGUUUCAGAAAGAAGCAGAAGCUUCGUGGCAUGGGUGGCUUUGGCGGGUUGAGUCCUGGCGAGAGAUCUAGUACACCACAGCCAGGUUCCUAUCUCGACCCAUCUCUUCAAGAAUCUGACGCAGAUCGAUCUUUUUCACAAUCGACACUCCAAGCAACCCAACAGCAGAGAGUGCUCCAUUCUAAUGAUGCUGCGAUUGCUCAACGUGAACGAGAGAUUGAGGAUAUUGCCCAAGGCAUUAUCGAACUGUCUGACCUCUUUCGAGAUCUCCAGAACAUGGUUAUCGACCAGGGCACAAUGCUGGAUCGUAUCGACUACAAUGUUGAGCGCAUGAACACUGAUGUCAAAGCCGCUGACAAGGAGCUAGUUGUAGCUUCUGGCUACCAGCGGAGGACGACCAAACGCAAGAUCAUUCUCCUCCUCAUUCUUAUAAUCUUUGGUAUGAUCAUUCUGUUGGUGAUCAAACCCAAGAAACAUGGGUAG